UGUGGCCGAACAUACGAAGAACGUAUGUUGCUAGACCGCUUCAUAAUUGGCAUUCAAGAUAAAAGGCUGCAGCUUAAACUCCUUGAAUCAAAAAACAAGAAACUCGAGGAGAUCAUCACUGAGUGCAAAGCCUUUGAAGCGGCCGCAAAAAACAAUGAAUUUCUACGGAAUCCCCAUUAUGAAAAGUCCGUUGACGCAGUUGUCCGUCGCUGCUAUAAUUUCGGAGCAAUUUUCAACCCGAAUCAUCUUUCCGAGUGCCGUGCAAAGGAAAUGGCAUGUUACUAUUGCGGAAAAAUUGGACAUUUUUCCAAGUACUGCAAGCAGCAGAAGAAACGAGUGGAUAACAACAACUACAGCAGCAGUAAUAGACGAGUGGAUAACAACAACAUCAGCAACAAACGAGUGGAUAACAACAACUACAAAAGCAAGCAGAUAGAUGUGGAUCGCAAGCAAACAGCCGGAGCAGUUAUUAAUUGGAUAGAAUCAGUAGCACGCUUAUUUGAUCCGUUGGGAUACCUGGCACCAGUGAUAGUCGCUGCAAAAAUCCUGUUGAAGGAAGAUUGAAGUUUUCGUAUCGAGCGCAAAGAUGAGACCCCGCA